AUGUCUGGGUGCUUCGAAGGGAUCAUUACUCGAGUUCAAGAGACUCUGGAAGACAUUGAAAAGCGCAACAACAUAACGAGCGUUGUAUCAGGAAUUCUGUUCUUUUUGGGAUGGUGGAUCAUCAUUGACAUUGCGGCGCGCUACACUUCAGCCGACUUUAACAGCGCUUACCAUGUUUGCGGCGUUUUGGGCACCGUUUCAUUUUUCAUGAUUAAUUCGGUAUCAACGAGUCGCAUUGAAAUGUACCAGUAUGGAGUGGGAAGCUAUGCUGUUCACAUAUGGCUUUUCAUUGGCUUUGUCUUGGGUUUCGGUGCAUUGAUUGCCUCCGUCUGGAUUCUGUUUGGCGCCUACGUUGUUCCCGGUCACAAUGUUCUUCCCGAUUGUUCAACUAUAACUCGCCUGUUGUGUGGUGAACGUGCGAUAAAGCAGGCCACAAUGGGUGAUAAAGCGCAAUAG